ACGGUUUCCGGUGCGAGACGUAAUGAAUAUACCCCUUGUUCGUGUACGUCUCCCUCGACGUGUUUUGUUAUUGUGGAAUCCUGUCAAACACACGGAGAGGCUCAAAGGUUUCAAUUGAUUGAGUGGACGGCGCUGUGCUAGCCACCUUUAAAAAUAUAUAUAAUCUAACUUACAUAUUUAUUUUUGUUUGUUGCUAUAAAGCUCCCCAAAAAACUCCGCUCAAUUCGACGCCAUGGACGUUGGUCAAGCAUGCCCCCCUGCCCCCACUCUCUCUCUUGACCCAGACAUCAACCUGAACUCUCCCAACAAGGGCCUGGGCCCUGCAGGAGGAGCAGACCCUCGGACAGAUGUCCCCGUGGAGGUCGGAGCCGUGGGGGUGUCCUCCAUCAACACGUUGCCCCCGGGGCUCACAGAGGAGGUGGCUGAGGAGAUCCGCUCUGAGCUCGUCAAGGUGGAGGAGGAGAUCAACACCCUGAGACAGGUGCUCCUGGCCAAAGAGAAGCAUUCUGCUGAGAUAAAGAGGAAGCUGGGGCUGAGCCCCCUCAACGAGCUCAAACAGAACCUCACCAAGGGGUGGCAGGAUGUCCAGACCUCCAAUGCAUAUCUUACAGCGUCAGCAACUUUGGAUGAAAUUGCCCGAUCUGAAGCGUACAAGAAGACUCAGGAGACCCUGUCUGUGGCGGGACAGAAGACCACUGCUGCCUUCUCCACCAUGGGCACUGCCCUCAGCAGGAAACUGGGAGACAUGAGAGCGCUGCCAUUCUCUAACUCCUUUAGUAGCAACUACUCCAUCCGCCAUUCGAUAAGUAUGCCAGCGAUGAGAAACUCUCCAACCUUCAAGUCGUUUGAGGACAAAGUUGGAAACAUCAAGUACAAGGUGGUUGGAGCCAGAGGUAACGGUGAAGCUGUCCAGUCCCCGACCGACGCGAACCCUGUUCAGGACAACGCACCCUUCUGAAGAUCCCCCCCCCCCACACUCCCCUCCUCCUCUCUCUCAUCACCGGGACUGUGACAUCAUCAUUAAGCGCCUCAUCACUGAGUGACACAUGACCUUUGGCCUAAAGUAGUCACCCUCUAAUCUCCACAUUACUCACUACUGCCUCCCUCGCCUGACCCGGAAAACGUAGUGCCCUAUAUCAUUAAUACUACUGCCCAGUCCUAAAUCACCCCCUAGCCCCUACUCCGUAGCCCCUACCCUCUCCCUUGUGGAGAAACUGAAUGGACUGGAGGGAUGUGUGCAGUAUGGCAACAAUUCCACCUAUGCUAUGACAGGUCAAGGUGGGAGCCACUACAAUAUUGUUUAAACCAAAAGGUUGAUUGCUUACUCUUAUCUAGGUUCCUUCAGAUCUCCACAAGUGCCUAGGAGGUUAGGGGCUAAAGGUACGUUUGGAAUCUCUCUCCCUCAGCCCCCCCUCGCCUACCAAGAGCAUGUGCAUAUCUCAUCUCACUGUGCAAAUACAAACUUACCGCAAAAUACAACCUGAGGUUGCAUAACAUCAAAUCACCACAGCUUGUAAAAUUAAAAAAGGACAACUGUGGUAAAACCAUUUUGUAUUAUAAAACAAUUUUACACUGCUUUGCAUAAUGUUUUUACUUGACUUAUCUAUAUGUAUAAAUAUAUAUGAAUAAAUAUAUUGUGAACAAUUACUGCCAGUCGGCAUUCAUCGGUAGGUAUGGCUGACGUGGAGGCUCAAACAAAAAGGCAAAUUAAAAAACCCUACAUCUACAACAAUGAUCAGUUUGGGGCCCUGCUGAGCGUUUGAUUUCAGUUUGGGGCCCUGCUGAGCGUUUGAUUUCAGUUUGGGGCCCUGCUGAGCGUUUGAUUUCAGUUUGGGGCCCUGCUGAGCGUUUGAUUUCAGUUUGGGGCCCUGCUGAGCGUUUGAUUUCAGUUUGGGGCCCUGCUGAGCGUUUGAUUUCAGUUUGGGGCCCUGCUGAGCGUUUGAUUUCAGUUUGAGGCCCUGCUGAGCGUUUGAUUUCAGUUUGGGGCCCUGCUGAGCGUUUGAUUUCAGUUUGGGGCCCUGCUGAGCGUUUGAUUUCAGUUUGGGGCCCUGCUGAGCGUUCGAUUUCAGUUUGGGGCCCUGCUGAGCGUUCGAUAUCAGUUUGGUGUGUUUCUACAAUGUUGAAGCAAAGGCUUUAGUGUAAAGACCAGUUUCUACCUUCAUCAGAUGGCUAUCUUUAGGCCUUACUCUUUUAGUCUUAUUGCUUUCUGUUACUUUGCUGUUAUAAAAUGUUUUUCUUUUUUUUUCCUAUUCUUUCUUAAUCUGGAAGUUGUAGAUUAUCGUUUAACCUGGGAGGUGUUUGCUUUCUCUUUUAUUUUGUAGGCUCAAGUGUUUGCUGUUAUUGUGCCACAUCUGAAAUGAGCGACUGUCAAAUACAGUCCAGACCGCUCUCUGUGUCCACCAUUUUAUUCUAAGAAUUGUCCUCGUGCCUCAGGCGUAACCCCACCACACACUCCUGUACCCAGACGUACUCGUACCCACCCUGUGACUAGCUCUACUGUUAUUUCUAUAUCAACAUCACUUCCUGUUUUGCCAGUGUGCACUAACCAAACCUCCUUUACACUAUAACACAACUUGAAAUAGCUUCUAUUGGUUUGGUAACAACGUCACUUUUUGUUAUUUUCAACAUGUAUCUAUGGAGAUUGUAUCUCCCCCCCCCCAUAUUUAGUGUUACAUUUCUAUCCAGAGGAUGGAGUAUUCUUUUACCCUUUUAACUUAGUUUAUAAUUUUGUAUUAUUUAGUAGUGAUGAUCAUAUUUAGGUUAUGUGUUUUUGAUGUCUCAUUCUUGGUUGGAGUUUAAAUAAGGUUUUGUUUUUCUAUUUAAUUGCCAUCUGUAAAUCGCUGCCAAUAUGUAAUUACCUGUCUGUUACAGAUCUCUCUCACUUUCAAAUCAAUACCAUAGUUGUUAUAUAGAUGGUAGGUCUGCUACGAUCUGGACCGGUUUCCCCCAGACACGGAUCAGACGAGAGAAUUUCCGUUAGGAAUGCGUUUUAGUCCAGGAUUUUAGCCUUAAUCUGUUGGCAGACAGGGCCUCCCUAAGGCAACCCAAUUAAUGUUUUGUCCGAUUUUUUUUAUUGACGAAAGAUCUGAUCGGUCAAAACUACAAAUUUUAGUGGCGAAAGAUCAGAAUUGGGCUGCCUGUGUAAACGCAGGCUUAGUAUAUUCCGUUGUCUGUUGUCUCUGGUUAUGACGGAGCAAGGGGAAAGGCAGAUGUAUCCCGUAGAUUGUGUAGAGCUGCAAAAAAAACAUUGUUUGGGUCUAAUGUACAUUUUUGGGACGCCACAGCUGAAUUUGUUAAAACACAUUAUUGAAGGCAUGUACAAUGUUGGGAAUGAUAGGAAUAUAUAUAUAUAUAUAUAGCUUUAUUUAGAAUGGGAGCCAAGUUGUAGACCUUUAAAUGGAUAUGAGAAUGGUGGAUGAAUCCAAAUGUUGGUUUGUCAUAUGUUGAGAAUAUCAAUAAAGCAUUCCUUUAAACAAA